AGACGACACAGUUCCGACAGUUCCGCAAAAAUAAUAUAAGAGGUUAUAGAUACUUCAGUAUGUGUUGAACAAAUUUGCUUCUGUACAUUAAUUUACACAAUAUUUAAUCAUGGUGAAGAAUUUGAGAGGCUUUGCCGAGAGCAAAGAAGAGCGGAAGAUGAUGGCAAUAGGAGAAAUAAUUAAGGAGUUACUAACUGCUCAUCGACAGAACCGAGAUGUAGAUUUAAAUAAACUAAAAACUCGAAUAUCUUCUAAGUAUGGAUUGGAAUCUUCUCCAAGACUUGUUGAUAUCAUAGCAGCUGUUCCUGCAGAUGUGAAAAAGAUUCUUUUACCCAAAUUGAAGGCAAAGCCUGUGAGGACAGCCAGUGGUAUAGCAGUCGUGGCAGUGAUGUGUAAACCUCACAGAUGUCCUCAUAUAAACAUGACAGGAAACAUAUGCGUUUAUUGUCCGGGUGGACCAGAUUCUGAUUUUGAAUAUUCCACACAAUCUUACACUGGAUAUGAACCAACUUCAAUGAGAGCCAUUCGAGCUCGAUACAAUCCAUUUUUACAAACGAGGCACCGUGUCGAGCAAUUGAAACAGUUGGGCCACAGCGUGGACAAGGUAGAAUUUAUAGUUAUGGGUGGCACUUUCAUGUCCCUGCCAGAGGAUUACAGGGAUUUUUUUAUCAGAAAUUUACAUGACGCACUCUCCGGACAUGUGAGUAAUAAUGUGGCGGAAGCUGUCAAGUAUUCAGAACGAAGCCGUACGAAGUGCAUUGGAAUCACGAUUGAAACUCGACCUGAUUAUUGUCUCAAGAAACAUUUAUCAGAUAUGCUGAAUUACGGCUGCACGCGUUUGGAAAUCGGUGUGCAGUCAGUUUACGAAGAUGUUGCUCGGGAUACCAACAGAGGACAUACAGUCCGAGCUGUUUGUGAAAGUUUUCAGAUGUCUAAAGAUGCUGGAUUUAAAGUAAUUGCCCACAUGAUGCCAGAUUUACCAAAUGUCGACAUCGAAAGGGACAUUGAACAAUUUAUCGAAUUUUUCGGAAAUCCUGCAUUUAGAGCAGAUGGUUUGAAGAUUUAUCCCACUCUGGUCAUUCGUGGCACGGGUUUGUAUGAAUUAUGGAAAACUGGAAGAUACAAGAGUUAUCCUCCAAGUGUACUUGUGGAUCUAAUUGCUCGUAUUCUCGCUUUGGUCCCUCCAUGGACGCGUGUUUAUCGAGUUCAGAGAGACAUUCCGAUGCCUCUAGUUAGUUCUGGUGUCGAGCACGGCAAUUUGAGAGAAUUGGCUCUUGCAAGAAUGAAGGAUUUCGGAACUGACUGUCGAGACGUUAGAACUCGAGAAGUUGGAAUUCAAGAAAUUCACAAUAAAGUUCAGCCCUACGAAGUUGAACUCAUUCGUAGAGAUUACGUCGCUAAUAAUGGUUGGGAAACGUUUCUCUCCUACGAAGAUCCAACUAAAGACAUUUUAGUUGGUCUUUUGAGACUCAGAAAAUGCUCCAAUGAAACAUUCCGAGCGGAGUUAAAAGAAAAGUGCUCAAUUGUGAGGGAACUGCACGUUUAUGGAAGUGUCGUUCCAGUAAAUGCCCGUGAUCCAACCAAAUUUCAACAUCAAGGUUUCGGAAUGCUUCUCAUGGAAGAAGCAGAAAGAAUUGCCAGAGAAGAACACGGAUCUACGAAAAUCGCCGUCAUAUCAGGUGUCGGAACUAGAAAUUAUUAUCGGAAAAUAGGAUACGAACUCGAUGGUCCGUACAUGUCUAAACUUCUAGUUUAAAAUUGAGCUGGAAAAGGUAAUAUUCAUACAAUUAAAUUAAGAAUUGUCUAGAUAAUGAAAAAAAUGCAUUGAAUGUAAUUUUGUAAAUCAUUUGAUUCAAUAAAAACUAUUUUAUACGGGAAAA